GUCCCAUGGCACAGGCAUUGCUCGGCGCCUGACCCAACGGCAGCACUUGCUGUGGCUGCAGCGGUGGUGGUGGCAGCAUGGCACGAGUGUGGGGGGCCACGGCCCCUGCCCGCCUUGUCCUCCUCCUGCUACUGAUGUCCCUGCGUUCCUGGGAGAUUUGUGCUGCUCCGCUUCCAGUACAGGGAGCAGGUGAGUGGGCAGCGAUGGAUCCAAAGCUGAGCGGCGCGAGGGGCAAGAAGUCAGGCUGAGUUGCCAUGGCCCUACACCACCCUUCCCUGGGGCUACCUCCCAUGGUGGACGUUAGGCAGAGGGUGACAGGCAGCACCGCAGGAGCCAGCCAAGAGCCUGUGGCAGCGCUUGCUCCCCAGGGCUGGCUCCAACCAUGCCGGACCAUGACUCUGCUGCUUGCUGGCUGGAGCACGGCCUUCAUCCUGGGAGAUGCCCUGGGUGAGAGCUCACAAGAUGUGUGCUGGGAAAAGCAUGAGCAUUUCUGCUCCAGCCUGGUGGUACUCCCCAUAGACAAAUCCCGGUUUCCAACACAGAGCCCCCACCCACAGCCCAGAGGAAGAGGCAGGUGUGUUUUCCUCCAGUGCUUUGGUGUGACCUUCCUUUGUGUACACCAGAGGUGCCCCAGUAAGAAAGUCCCAAAGGGCUGAAUCUUCUUCUGUGUGGUCCAUAAGGGUUGUUGCACGUGGCGUGAAGAACGUAUCAUGUAAGCUGAUGGCAGUACAUGGCAGCCAAGAGGUCCUCCUGGCCACUCUGCUACUGUGCAAAUCAUGACCUGCGUCUUUCUCCCGCCCCAUUACCUGACCCACCUCCAGUUGCUAAGGGAGAAGAAUAUCACAACAUCCCCAGUAAUGGGAACUUCUCUAAUCAGUUCUUCUUGAUUCUAGAUGAUGACAUUGGUGCGCCCUAUUCAGAUGAUAGUCUGAAUCCAGGUUUUGUGCCUCGGGGUCAACCCAGAGGUGUGACUGGGAAUGAAGGUGCUCCAGCUUCCCCUCUGAGUUCCAGGACUGAAACUCCGGCAGAUCACAUGGAAGUGCCCCCAGGGAGGGCCUUGCUGGUUUCUCGGCUCCUUCCUGCGAUGGAGACCAGUUGGAAUCCCAUGGGUCCGCAAAGAGGAAACAGAGGAAAGGAUACACCUAGAAGAGGGAAGUACUACUGGUGGUCAUCCCGUGUCCUAAAGGAACCUGUGAAGAAAAUGGAGAAGGCAGCGCAUGGUGGGACUAAAGGGACUGACCAAGAGACUGUGCAGAAGGAGCCAUUGCAGGAAAGCAGCAGUGACACACGGCCAGUCUCUGAUAGAAAAACACAGGCAGAACAAGCAGCUGGAUUGCCAGGGGUGGAUGUUGGGAAAAUCACAACGGCCGCUGUUGGCGAAGAGCUGCGAAAACACCACAUCCCAGUGAUUGCUGUGGUCUCCGCUGUGCUGCUGUCCGUGCUGAUGCUGGCCUGUGUUCCUAUGCUGUGGAUGUGGAAAAAAUAUCUGGCACGCAAGACAGAGCGGACAGCUGCAAGACAAGCUGACUGGGAGAGAGAUCAAAACAGAGAUGAAGGCAGAGCGGAGCUGGGGGAGGCUGCAAAGGAGGAUGUCCUCGACCAAGGAAAAAUCAUCUCCAGGGCAUUCUCCUGGUCCUUUGAAGCAGAAUUUGCUGACCUGUGCAACAGAAUCAGAGCAGACCCCUCCCUUCAGCCCACGCAUCCCAGCAGCUCUCCUACUGUCAACGUCUCUUCCCUCAGUAGCUGCAGCUCUCAGGAUACCCCUGAGCCAUCCAGUGCCCCUGUUACCGGUGCCAAGAAGGCUCGGGUUCAUUGAAAGGUCCCACUUUGUGAUCAAUAAAGACAUUCCAUUCAAAAGCUGCUGCUGUGACCAUUUCCAUUGAGUUAUAGGGCAUAGGGCUGGGGCCAGCACUUGGUGCAAGGGAAGCAGUCGGAGAGCUGCAUGCCAGGGAGGGCCUCCUUGGUCCCAGCCUCAGCUUGCUUGUCUAACUGGGCGGUCACCCAAGCUCCCACCAGAGCAGGGAAGUGCUGGGGAGACUUGAUAUGUGAAGAGUUGUC